AAAAGAAACACCACGCAUUUCAUAUUGUUCCUUCCUCCUGCCAUAUAUUAUUGCGUCAUGUCAUCCCAAAGCAACAACAUGAAAGCGUUGUUGGUGUUGGCGUUAGUGGUGUUGGUGUUGGCAGGGAUGGUGGUGAACGGGGUGAGCGCAGGUCGUGGUGGUGGGUUCGAUGCAGUGUUGCAGCAGCUGACGGGAGGCAUUCAAGGCAACGGCAAGGAAGCAAGAAGCAGUGAUGAUCGUGAGCUCACCAUCGCAUCCACCAUUGAGGAGCUGCGCCAGUUAAUGGCCUCAACGACAGGGGACGAUGCGUUGCAGCGAGCCGUGCAGCGGCACGUGCAUGCCUUUGACGCAUACGUGAACGGAAGGGACCCUCCUCGCACCGCGGAAGACUUUUCAAGCUCGCUCCACUUCCAACAUGUGCCGCACAUGGAUGAACUCGCCACUCAAGCGCGGCUGCGGUGGGCUGUUGCGGCGGAAGAAACACCCAGGACACAUGACAUUCACGGCGUCCCCCUGCUCGUGGACCAACCUCGUCUGCUUCAAGGCGCCAUCACACCCACCAGCCAUCACUUUUGGCACGCUGUUCGUGCAUUGGAAGAAGGAGACUUUUCUCAGAACACACUGAACAGCGUGAGAAGUGACCUUGGCUUGCUUGCAAAGGCUGCUGUUGCCGCUGCGACACCCCGUCUCAACCUCCAUCUGCUCAGUGCGCAGGUCUGUGUUCGCAACGGGUCGCGCUUUGUGUCACCCUUUCAGACGGCCGCAAGCAUUGGGCUCGACUGCACCGACAUCCACAGCGCUCCAGCACUGUCAGCGCCGCUUGAUGCGGCAUGUGAUGCGAACGAACCCAGCUGUGUCCAGCAUUCGUCCCAACAGCCCAUCGCUGAUGACACAGAGGGGCGGUUGGAGGUGUGGCUGCCCUUGGCGGCUUCGCGACUGGACAUCACCAGCAACAUCAUUCAUCUUCGGGACCCGCGACCAGCGAGCGGCCUUGCGUUUCCACCAUCGUUCCAGCUCGGCAACACGCGUGCGCUGGAGAUGCAGCCUGGCACCGUGCACAUCGUGCCCAGCAGCCUCGCUGGCUACAUGCUUCACAAACACGGCCCUGUUAGUGGUGAUGGUGGUGGUGGUGGAAGUGACGGUGACUUUGGUGGGAGCCAAGAUGACAGCGGUGGUGAUGAUGAUGGAGAUCCACCCAACAUCAUUCUUGUGGCCCAUGCCGUCAAAGGUGGCUGUGCUGGGGGCUGUGCUGAAGCGGGUGAUUUGAGUACUUGCGGCGACGGGUGUGGUGGCGGUGGCAACGACGACACGCUGACGGUCGAACUGCACUCUGCGUGGGCCGGUGUGAAUGGUCGCGGCCACUUCAAUGCGCCGCACAACCACCCGGACGCCACGCUCUCCGGCGUCGUCUACUUGCGAACGGGUCAUGCUUCGCCAGCGGCCACAACGCGCAUCACGUUCAUCAAACCGAACUGUCACUCCAGCAACAGCUCUCGGUGUCACGUGAGCGCUGACGUUGAAGCGGGGGAUGUGCUCGUGUUUCCAUCGUGGCUGGAUCAUUUUGUUCCCCCACACACGGGCGCGGAGCCACGCAUGAUGGUUGCCUUCAACGCUCGCGUGCGAUACACAUAUGCGAAUGGCGGAGAAGGUGCAGCCAUGGCAGGAAACAGAGAUGCAAGCGUGCACCUCCCACGUCGACACAUGCACGCACACAACUGAUGCUUUCGUGCAACGUCGCUCGUCUCAUAGCUCGCAUGUGUGCGUGUGCGUGUGCGUGUGCAUGUGUGUUGAAUUAUAUUGGCGCAUGACACACUUAUGGGCAUAUGUUUAUUGCUUUUGAGACACGGUGAAAAAGAUGUGUAACAGAGAGAUAAACCACUGCAAGC